AUAAUCAUCCCAAAACCAUCAUAUUAAUUCGAUUUUAACUCAAUGACGUCAUGUCUGCCAUUUAAGAGAAACAAUAGAAGUGAGCGUGGCUCUGAACUGCUGUCAAAUAUCUACAUAGAGCUGCACUAUAUAGUUUUUAGUAGUUAGGGGUUAUGGCGGGAAUGGACUUCUUAAACACUACGUUGUGUUCUGCAUUCUGAUUGGCUGUAGACUUUGUCAGGAGUUCCGUUUCCCAAAUCUCCACACCUUUGAUGGCGAUCAGGUCUUUGUGUUCUCUGAUCUGGACGUGUUUUUCUGAGCUCUGAGGUCGAACCGGGUCCGUCUUAAAGAGCAGCAGCCGAACAUCCUUAAGGCGGAUCGGGUUCACAGCUGUUCUUUGGGCUUAACGGCUUGCCGUACCGUGGCCCACUUCGGUGUCCUGACGGUGACCCUCUGGUCUGGUUCAAGGAGGAGCUGCACGGCGUCAUAUUUCAGCGGGACUGCGGCUCGGAAUAACACGGUUCUGUUCGGUGUUCCGGCUCGGCUGAUCUCGUCGUUACCGGGAAUAACCGGUGGAUGAGGUUCCCGCCCCCGUUCAUUGAGGAAACGAUGCCGGGAUCCUUCACCUCACACUGCAGCCACGAUCCGGUCCCGGAGGAGGUCCGAGCCCUGCAGGUUCUGCUGGACCGGCUGUCCCGGUCCGGUUUGGACCCCUGGCGGCUCCGAGGUAGCGGCGUCAACAUGACCGCGUGCGUGCUCGUUCCCAGCUCCGAGCACGUGGCGGAGAUUGUGGGCAAACAAGGCUGCAGGAUCAAAGCUUUGCGGGCAAAGACCAACACCUACAUCAAGACUCCGGUCCGGGGGGAGGAGCCUGUGUUCCUGGUGACUGGACGGGGGGAGGAUGUGGCGGCGGCCCGCAGAGAGAUCAUCUCAGCCGCCGAGCACUUCACCGCCAUCCGCACCGGCAGGAACCAGAGCGCCGGCGGCGCCCACGACCAGCCCGGACCGACCACCAUGCUGGUCCGGGUGCCGCACAGCUUCGUGGGGCUGGUCGUCGGCCCCAAAGGCGCCACCGUAAAGCGGAUCCAGCAGCUGACCCACACCAGCAUCACCACACCCAGCCGGGACCAGGAGCCCGUGUUUGAGGUCCGAGGCAUGCCGGAGAACGUGGAGCAGGCUCGGGAGGAGAUCCAAGCCCACGUCGCCCUGAGGGGCGGCGCUCCUCCAGAACUGCAGCACGGGAACGACUUUGAUGCAAAUGGAACAGAGACCGGGCUGUGGGCUAGACCCGGUUCUGGAAUGAGUCCCGAGUGGGAGCGGAGCCGGAACUGCUCGUCGUUCUCAGUGGGAAGUUCCUCCACAGACUCUCCGGCUCCGUCACCAAUGCCCAUGGGGUGGUGGUGACCCGGGGUCACUCUGGGGUCUGUAGUGACCCGGGAGGAGAUUCUGUAGAACUACUGCUCAGUCCGUCCUCCACUUAUGAACCUCUUUGGUUCCUAAAGUCCAAAAGGGGUGGAAUGGAUUUCUACUGUGUUCCAGAAUGACUGUCGGUUCAAUUCCUGCAGGUUCCCUCACAGCAUGAUGCUGCCGCCGCCGUGCAUGAACAUGGGUCAGAACCAGCAGAACCAUCCGUCACCUGCAGUCUCGACAGGCGGAGGAUUUUCAACUAUUAGGGUCACUAACGUUGCUGUGUGGUCAUUAUGGGAUGUUUCACCAUUUUAAUUUAAAAUAGCAAAAAUCAAAUAAAAGUUGUAAUCCUGAAAUUCUGGAUACAGAAACUAGUUUUCAGAAAUAAUCAUCUCAAAUGUUUUAGACUGAAUUUAUUAACCCUUCUGCUAUCCUAGGCACUUUAACAUUGGGAGUGGGGUCAUCUAGACCCACUAGACAGAGCUCUGAACCUUUUUUCUUCAAUGAUUUGUGAU